UUGGCUAUAAUUGUCAACAAGCCCUCCUACCACGCAAAGUUCUUGCAGGCAAAGAGAACCAACCUUACGCACAGUUAACUGAUCUUGGCUGGAGCAUAGUUGGUUGCUCAUCUCAAUUUCAAAAUCACAACGAUGUCAUCGGUACAAGUCACAGAAUAAUUGUUCGUGAAGUAUUCCCUGUUUCACAACCAGCAGUUGAACUCAAGAAACAAGUACAUUUUGUAUGCAGAACUCAAGUAAAGGAAGCCAGUCCAACUGAUGUGAUUAAGGCUUUGGAAUCCGAUUUUUCUGAACAUGCAACAGAUGACAAUCCAGUUUCACAGGAAGACAUUUUGUUCAUGUCAAAGGUGACCAAAGGUAUAAAACAGAAGAACGAUGGUCAUUACGAACUCCCGUUACCAUUCAAAACAGACAAUCCGAAUCUCCCAAACAACAAGCAAAGUGCUGAACACAGAUUGUCUUCAUUGGAACGUCGACUAAGAAGGGAUGAGAAAUACUAUAAAGAUUAUUUCAAGUUCAUGAACGAUAUUAUAACUCGCGGAGAUGCAGAAAAGGUGCCAGAACAUGAGCUGAACAACAAGACAGCAUGGUACAUCCCGCAUCACGGGGUUUACCACCCCCACAAACCAGAGAAAAUACGUGUGGUUUUUGACUGUUCUGCACACUUCCAAGGAACAUCUCUCAACGAUCAUCUAUUGACUGGACCGGAUCUCACCAACACAUUGGUUGGAGUGUUAUGCCGAUUUAGAAAGGGCCUCGUCGCCAUUAUGUGUGAUGUGGAAAGAAUGUUCCACCAAUUCCAUGUCAUUAAGGAACAUCAAGAUUAUUUAAGAUUUCUUUGGUGGGACAAAGGCAAUUUAAACUCCGAACCUUCAGUUUACAGGAUGAAAGUACAUCUUUUUGGAGCAGCAUCAUCUCCUGGAUGUUGUAAUUUUGGACUCAAACACAUUGCAUUACAGGGUAGAAACAAGUUCAGCAAAGAGACUGUUGAAUUCAUCCAAAGAGGUUUUUACGUUGACGAUGGACUUACUAGUGUAACAUCAACAGCCAAAGCUAUACAGCUGGUCAAAGAGUCAAGGGAACUUUGCAAAACAGGAAACCUACAUCUGCAUAAGUUUGUGUCAAACAAUAAAGAGGUGCUUGCAACAAUUCCCCAGGAAGAACAAGCUCAGUCCAAAGAUCAGAACAUGGCUUUUGGAGAACUCCACAUUGAACGUGCACUUGGAGUACAAUGGUGUGUAGAAGCAGACCAAUUCCAGUUCAGAGUUCAAGUUAAAGAAAACCCAUUGACCAGAAGAGGGGUGCUUUCGACUGUUGCUUCCAUCUAUGACCCUCUUGGGUUCGUCGCCCCUUUCACAUUGAUUGGAAAGCAAAUACUCCAAACAUUAUGCAAAGACAAGGUCAACUGGGAUGAUGAUCUUCCAGACCACAUUCUACCACGAUGGGAAGCAUGGUUGAGAGACCUGCCUAAGCUGGCAGCUCUGAAGAUCCCACGAAGCUACUCACAAGACAUCAACAUCAUACAGUAUGAAUUGCAUAACUUCUCGGAUGCGAGCCUUGACGGUUAUGGUGCAUGUUCAUACCUUAGAGCAAUAAGCAAGGAAGGACAGAUAAGCUGUUCACUCGUCAUGGGAAAAGCGAGAGUUACACCCAUCAAACAAAUGACCAUCCCAAGACUCGAACUGUCGUCGGCUGUAACUUCAGUCCGAAACGCGGAUGUAAUUAAACAAGAACUGGAAAUCAAAAAUCUACUAGAAUAUUAUUGGACGGAUUCACAAGUCGUACUGGCAUAUAUAAGCAAUGACGCUAAAAGAUUUCACACAUUCGUUGCCAAUCGGAUUCAACGAAUAAGACAAAGUACGAGUCCUGAAAAAUGGCAGCAUGUCAGCUCAGCGGAAAAUCCGGCUGAUCACGCCUCAAGGGGUUUAAAUGCUGCACAACUGAAAGAAUCAAACUGGUUGAAGGGUCCAGAUUUCCUUUGGAAAAAAGAUCUUCCAAUAAAAAAGGAAAUGGUGGGAGAAGUUGAAGGGACAGAUCCUGAACUCCGUACAGGUCAUGCACACACUGUGCAGUCAAAACAAGUGAGCCCUGUUCUAGAGCGUCUAAAGAAGUUCUCUGAUUGGUCGAGAGCUGUAAAGGCUAUUGCCAGACUCAAACGAUGCAUAAAAGAGUUUAAAGGUGUUCAAGAAAGAACAAACAAAACAACAGAUCUUGAAGAGAGAAGAGACACAGAAGUUUUCAUUAUCAAGCUAGUGCAAAAGGAAGCUUUUACUGAGGAAAUACAGAAAAUCAGAUCUCAGAAGGAAAAUUCUCUGCACAAGCAUGACAGACUAAAGCAACUAAAUGCUUUCUUGGACAAGUCCGAUGUUCUCAGGGUGGGAGGAAGAUUGUCCCAAUCAGCCUUGCAUCAUCAUGUCAAACAUCCCGCAAUUCUUACCAAGGAGUCCCACGUAUCAGCUCUCCUCGUUAAACACUACCAUGAACGUGUACAUCAUCAAGGAAGAGGCAUGACCAUAAAUGAAUUACGUGCAAAUGGCAUAUGGAUUUUAGGAUGUGGAAGUAUGGUUUCUUCGCACAUUUACCACUGUGUUAAAUGUAGGCGAUAUAGAAAGACCACAAAUGUCCAACAGAUGGCAGAGUUACCAGAAGUAAGAACAAAAACAGCACCUCCUUUUACAUAUUGUGGUGUUGACUGUUUUGGCCCAUUCAUGGUAAAGGAAGGAAGAAAGGAAGUCAAAAGAUAUGGAUUAUUGUUCACCUGCUUAUGUUCACGAGCUGUGCAUAUUGAAACACUUGAUGACUUAUCAACUGAUGCUUUCAUGAACGCUCUUCGGGUUCUGAUUGCCAUAAGAGGUCCUGUUCGACAACUAAGAUGUGACCAAGGGACAAAUUUUAUGGGAGCCAGAAGAGAGUUUUUGGAGCUAAUGAAGGAUAUGGACCAAGAACCACAAAGAGCUAUUGGUUGUGAGUUUGUGAUGAACGUUCCAUCAGCUAGCCACAUGGGAGGUGUCUGGGAACGGCAAAUUCGAACAGUACGAAGCAUACUAACAGCAAUGUUAGAUAAAUUCUCAAACAGACUUGAUACAACUAGUCUAAGAACGCUCUUUUACGAGACAAUGGCCAUCAUUAACAGCAGACCCUUAAGUGUGGAGUAUCUUAAUGAUCCCUUGGGUCCAGAGCCUUUAACUCCCAAUCACCUAUUAACGAUGAAGUCUUCAGUUAUUCUUCCCCCUCCAGGACAGUUUUGCAGAGAGGAUUUGUACUUGAACAAAAGAUGGAGAAGAGUACAAUUUCUAGCAAACGAGUUUUGGCAAAGAUGGAAACGAGAAUAUCUGUUAAAUCUCCAACAGCGACAGAAAUGGCAAAAAGUUUCACGGAACCUCCACAUUAAUGACAUUGUGAUCCUACAAGAUGAUAAUGCUCCAAGAUGUAAAUGGAAGCUAGCUCUAGUAGUAGAGACUCUAGAGAGCCCAGACGGCAAGGUUCGAAAGGUGAAACUAAAGACAAGUGAAACGACAUUUGACAAAGGAAAACCACUGACAAGGUUGAUAUAUUUAGAAAGACCUAUUCAUAGGGUAGUGACGUUACUUGAGACUAAUACAGAGUAAAACAGACUUUAAUUCUGACAUUCAUUGAAAAAUCACAUUGAAACAAAUUAGUGAUUUUGGUGGGAGUGUAAGUGACAGUGAAAUGAUUUAUUUCUUGGAAAAAUGUAUGUUUAUUUCAGAUUAUGUAUUUUAAGUUGUUUAGUUCAAAUUUUGAGGUUUAUGUAAAAUUAUUGUAUUUUAUUUCUUUUGAAACUAUUUGUUGAAAAGUUAUCGCGAGAUUUGCGUAUAUAAGAAAGGUAGCGAGAUUUGCAUGAGAGAAGGAGCAGAAAUCUGGGAAAGAGUAGCAGUCUCGUAUUUGCUGUAGCUGAAAAGGUAUUGUAUUUAUGUUUGUAAUAUUUUGUAAAUUUAUUGGUUAUGGUGUUUUAAUUACUUAAUAUUUAAUUUAGAGUGGACAAAGAAGAAUUAGUCUAUUAAAGACCUCCGAAGUGGCAGGCGGUCACGAGUUUUCACGGCAUUUAUUAAAGAGCCCGUUUUGAAGGAAGCCGUGCCAGUGUUGUCAC